AUGGCCCAACCCAACAACUCGACGUUCUACCUCCCUCUCAGCAACUGCACCGAAGUAACACCACGAUGUCCGGUUGAGCAUUCAAUCUAUGGAUACUAUCCCAGUAUCGGCGCAAAUGCCUUUUUCGUUGCUGUCUUCGCCUUGUGCGGCGCCCUGCAACUCCUCUUUGGCAUCCGCUACAAGACUUGGACUUACCUCAUCGCCAUGGUGCUGGCCUGCGCUGACCAGGCACUUGGCUAUGUUGGCCGCGUCAUUCUCCAUCACAAUCCCUUCAGCGAGAUCGGAUUCCAGAUACAGAUCUGCUGUCUGAUUCUUGGGCCCGCAUUCAACUCGGCAGCCAUCUACCUCGUCCUGAAGCACAUCACUCUCUGCUUCGGCCCAGAGUUCUCCCGCAUCAAGCCAAAGUGGUAUACAUGGAUCUUCAUCACUGGCGAUUUGGUCUCCCUGGUUCUGCAGGCGAUCGGAGGCGGUAUGGCAGCCACCGCCAAUGACAAUCAAUCCCAACAGGACACCGGUGACAACUUGAUGAUGGCCGGUAUCGCUUUCCAGGUUGUGACAUUGUUCUUUUUCGGCACCGCGGCAUCUUGGUAUGUCUUUCAACGAUGGAAAGGCCAAAAUGUACCCUUCACACCUGAGGCCGUACAUUUUCUGGGGAGUACCAAGUUCCGCCUAUUCGUGUAUGGUUUUGUCCUGGCAUACGUGGCUAUUGUUGUUCGAUGCAUCUACCGUAUCGUCGAGAUGGCUGGUGGCUGGGCGAAUCCGGUGAUGCAAUUUGAGCCUGCUUUUAUUGCUCUUGAUGGAUGCAUGGUAAUAAUCGCCACAAUCAUGCAGACAGUCUUCCAUCCUGGCUUCUGCUUCCCUCGGCUUUCGAGCGCGUAUAUUCCACCGCCAUCAACUUCGAUCGUCCCAGCCACCGUCAAAGAUUCGAUGGGCGCAAGCAUGCCGUCCACGCCGCCCAAUGAGACCGUGGAGAUGCAAGUGGAAAAGAACUCCCGACAAUAUGUUUGA